AUGGAUGCACUUGCGCUUCUCGAAGACCUCGCCAAUGGACAGAUCCGGCUGGAGAGGGUGUUCCAAGAUCGGGAAGAUUUCCUGGCUCAAUAUUGGGUCCUGGCCUUUUGUACACGUAACAUAGUGGGUAAAAUAGAACAACAAAAACACAAAGUUGAAUGA